CGGUCUCAUUCAAAAACCAUUUGACAAUUGCAGCAGCAAGUACAACCAAACAGAACAAUCGCACUCAUACAGAAAGUAUAUAUUAUUUAAUUAGUUGGUGAUUAAAAGAAAGAAAAAAAGAAUACCGUCGAAAGUUGCAAGAAAAAAAUAAUCCAAAAUGCAGAUCUUUGUGAAGACAUUGACUGGCAAGACCAUUACUUUGGAGGUGGAGCCUUCCGAUACGAUCGAGAAUGUAAAGGCCAAGAUUCAGGAUAAGGAGGGCAUUCCCCCAGACCAGCAGCGUCUGAUCUUUGCCGGCAAGCAGCUUGAGGAUGGACGAACCCUUUCCGACUACAACAUCCAGAAGGAAUCCACCCUUCACUUGGUUCUCCGUCUUCGCGGUGGCAUGCAAAUCUUCGUAAAGACCUUGACCGGAAAAACCAUCACCUUGGAAGUCGAACCAUCUGACACCAUUGAAAAUGUGAAGGCUAAGAUUCAGGAUAAGGAGGGAAUUCCCCCAGAUCAGCAGCGUCUCAUUUUCGCUGGAAAGCAGUUGGAAGAUGGCCGCACCCUUUCGGACUACAACAUCCAGAAGGAAUCCACCCUUCACUUGGUUCUCCGUCUUCGCGGUGGCAUGCAAAUAUUUGUGAAGACCUUGACCGGAAAAACCAUCACCUUGGAAGUCGAACCUUCUGAUACCAUUGAGAACGUGAAGGCCAAGAUCCAGGACAAGGAGGGUAUUCCCCCAGAUCAGCAGCGUCUGAUCUUUGCCGGCAAGCAGCUUGAGGAUGGACGAACCCUUUCCGACUACAACAUCCAGAAGGAAUCGACCCUUCACUUGGUCCUCCGUCUUCGCGGUGGCAUGCAAAUCUUUGUGAAGACCUUGACCGGAAAGACUAUCACUCUCGAAGUGGAGCCCUCUGACACCAUUGAAAAUGUGAAGGCUAAGAUUCAGGAUAAGGAGGGAAUUCCCCCAGACCAGCAGCGUCUGAUCUUUGCUGGCAAGCAGCUUGAGGAUGGACGAACCCUUUCCGACUACAACAUCCAAAAGGAGUCGACCCUUCACUUGGUAUUGCGUCUUCGCGGUGGCAUGCAGAUCUUCGUGAAGACCUUGACGGGAAAGACCAUCACUCUCGAAGUGGAGCCAUCUGACACCAGAAAUGUGAAGGCCAAGAUACAGGACAAGGAGGGCAUUCCACCAGAUCAGCAGCGUCUCAUUUUCGCUGGAAAGCAGUUGGAAGAUGGCCGCACCCUUUCGGACUACAACAUCCAGAAGGAAUCCACCCUUCACUUGGUUCUCCGUCUUCGCGGUGGCAUGCAAAUCUUCGUGAAGACCCUGACUGGCAAAACCAUUACCCUUGAGGUCGAGCCAUCCGACACGAUCGAGAAUGUGAAGGCCAAGAUCCAGGACAAGGAGGGUAUUCCCCCAGAUCAGCAGCGAUUAAUCUUUGCCGGCAAGCAACUGGAGGACGGACGUACGUUGUCUGAUUACAACAUCCAAAAGGAGUCGACCCUUCACUUGGUAUUGCGUCUUCGUGGUGGCAUGCAAAUCUUCGUAAAGACCUUGACCGGAAAAACCAUCACUCUCGAAGUGGAGCCAUCUGACACCAUUGAAAAUGUGAAGGCUAAGAUUCAGGAUAAGGAGGGAAUUCCCCCAGAUCAGCAGCGUCUCAUUUUCGCUGGAAAGCAGUUGGAAGAUGGCCGCACCCUUUCCGACUACAACAUCCAGAAGGAAUCCACCCUUCACUUGGUUCUCCGACUCCGCGGUGGCAUGCAGAUCUUCGUAAAGACCCUGACUGGCAAGACCAUUACGCUGGAGGUUGAGCCCUCCGACACCAUUGAAAAUGUGAAGGCCAAGAUCCAGGACAAGGAGGGCAUCCCACCAGAUCAGCAACGUCUCAUUUUCGCUGGAAAGCAAUUGGAAGAUGGCCGCACCCUUUCGGACUACAACAUCCAGAAGGAAUCCACCCUUCACUUGGUUCUCCGACUCCGCGGUGGCAUGCAAAUCUUCGUGAAGACCCUGACUGGCAAAACCAUUACCCUUGAGGUGGAGCCAUCCGACACGAUCGAGAAUGUGAAGGCCAAGAUCCAGGACAAGGAGGGUAUUCCCCCAGAUCAGCAGCGUCUGAUCUUUGCCGGCAAGCAGCUUGAAGAUGGACGAACCCUUUCCGACUACAACAUCCAGAAGGAAUCCACCCUUCACUUGGUUCUCCGUCUUCGCGGUGGCAUGCAAAUCUUCGUAAAGACCUUGACCGGAAAAACCAUCACCUUGGAAGUCGAACCCUCUGAUACCAUUGAGAACGUGAAGGCCAAGAUCCAGGACAAGGAGGGAAUUCCCCCAGAUCAGCAGCGUUUGAUCUUCGCCGGCAAGCAGUUGGAAGAUGGACGCACUCUGUCCGAUUAUAACAUCCAGAAGGAGUCCACUUUGCACUUGGUGCUCCGUCUCCGCGGAGGAAUCCAGGCUUAAACUGAAUACAUUUCCAAAUAAACACAAUUAGCACCCACA